CCUUGAUGAGAUCUUUACCUGACCCGUUAUGUUUAGGCGCUGCAACUUCUUCAGACCACACACAUGUUAUAAACUAUGUAUGUCUGUCUAGUCAUCACCAAACGAAUAUAUAUUCCUAAUAUUACAUCUUUUAAUCUCUCUCUCCGCAAAUUAUUAGUCUUGUCAAAUCUUGCUCUUUCCUCGUUUGAAUCUUGAGGGCCAUGUCGGAUCUUGCAAAAGACGCAUGGCGAAAGUAUCUGAUUCAGCUCCAAGCCUACCCUUUACGAACCAAGGCGAUCACUGCUGGGGUCUUGGCUGGGUGCAGUGAUGCUAUAGCUCAGAAGAUCUCUGGAGUUAAACAGAUUCAGUUCCGGAGAUUGCUUCUCCUUAUGUUGUAUGGGUUGGUUUAUGGAGGACCAUUUGGUCACUUCUUUCACAAAUUGAUGGAUGCUAUUUUCAAAGGGAAGAAGGGUAAUUCAACUGUCGCCAAAAAGGUUUUGUUGGAACAACUUACAUCAUCUCCUUGGAACAAUUUUCUUUUCAUGGCUUACUAUGGUUUAGUAGUUGAAGGGAGGCCAUGGAAGCUAGUCAAGCAAAAAGUUGGGAAAGAUUUCCCUGCAAUCCAGUUAACAGCAUGGAAGUUCUGGCCAGUUGUGGGAUGGAUUAAUUAUCAGUAUGUCCCAUUGCAAUUUCGCGUCUUGUUCAGCAGCUUCGUAGCCUCAUGCUGGAGCAUAUUUCUGAACCUUAAAGCCCGGUCCCCGGCGAUCAAGAACGCCUAGAAUAUGAAAGAAACAUGAUUGAAUCACCUUUUAUCUCGAAAUGUAAAAAAACUCCAAGAAUUGAAUCUCAAGUUAAAAACUGAAUCACUUUGGUCACUGUUUGUGUUGUUUUGGUCCAUUAUAUUAAUAAUAAUUCAAAUUAGAUGCAUUUUAUAAA